GAACGGUCUUUCUCUUUUGCUGCCCACUUAGUCACCGCUGGGAUAUAUUAGCAUAAAAUGUCUUACGUCGCUAAGAACGCCACUCAAAAGCCCGGUCUUGAGGAACAACAACCUCAGCCCAAGAUUCACCGCAUUCGCAUCACCUUGACUUCUCGCAAUGUCAAGAACUUGGAAAAGGUGUCUGCUGAUCUCAUUCAGCGCGCCAAGGACAAGCAGCUCAAGGUCAAGGGUCCCGUUCGUCUCCCCACCAAGGUCCUCCGUAUCACCACCCGUAAGUCUCCUUGCGGUAACGGUUCCGAGACUUUCGACCGCUACGAGAUGAGAAUUCACAAGCGUUUGAUCGACUUGCACUCUCCCUCCGAGAUCGUCAAGCAGAUCACUUCCAUCUCCAUCGAACCCGGUGUAGAGGUUGAGGUCACCAUCGCUUAAGCCACCUAAGCUGGAUGCUUCAUUCUUUUAGACGAAAUCUUUUUUAGAAUUC